AUGCCUACCAGACUCACCAAGACGCGGAAGCACCGCGGUCACGUCUCCGCCGGUCAUGGUCGUAUUGGAAAGCACCGCAAGCACCCCGGUGGUCGUGGUAUGGCCGGUGGUCAGCACCACCACCGUACCAACAUCGACAAGUACCACCCUGGUUACUUCGGUAAGGUUGGUAUGAGAUACUUCCAUCUCCAGCGCAACCACUUCUGGAAGCCAACCAUCAACCUCGACAAGCUCUGGACUCUUGUCCCCGAAGAGACUCGCGAGAAAUACUUGGCCGAGAACGCUCCCUCCGACAAGGCCGUCGUCCUUGACCUCCUCGCCCUGGGUUACUCCAAGGUCCUCGGAAAGGGCCGUCUCCCUAACAUCCCUCUUGUCGUCAAGGCCCGCUACAUCAGCAAGGAAGCUGAGCGCAAGAUCAAGGAGGCCGGUGGUGUUAUUGAGCUUGUUGCCUAA